AUGUCGCAAGCCGGGGCAUCAAGCUCCAGCAGAACUCCCUCGAGUUCAACGUUGCUCUGCUCAGCAUUGCUCUGUCUAUCAGCCCUCACCUCCACCCUCGCCAGCUUCCCCUCCGAGCCGCUCUCCAGCAAGCUCAGCUUCAACAGCCAUGUCGAGACAGAUGCCGACUCUCUCGCCUCCUACCGUGCCGAAGUCGAAGGUUUCCAACGAUGGUCCCGCGAACGAGGCCGUAUGCCCCGUUCAGACGAUAAACUCCUAGAUCUCGAACCCGGAGAUCUCAAUCUCCUUCACACCACCGACAUCCACGGCUGGUUCCAAGCUCAUCGCAAACUUUCCCCUCCCGAGCCAUCUUACUCUGCAGACUGGGGUGACUGGGCAUCGUUCGCUUCCAAGAUGCGAACAAAAGCACAUUCAGAAGGUCGAGAUCUACUCCUGGUAGACACGGGCGACUUACACGACGGUAAUGGAAUCGCAGACGGUUUCCCUCCCUACAACAAAGACGAACCGGGAGGGAAAGAGGCAGUAGACGGUCAUGUUUCGAAUCAGAUCUUUGCUAUGGUCGACUAUGAUUUGCUUACGAUAGGCAAUCAUGAGCUGUACAACUAUACGGUGGCGAAGGAUGUCUAUCAGAACUUUGUACCGCAGUGGGGAGGUAGAUACAUGACGAGCAAUGUUCAGAUUGCACUACCUUCCCCCGACUCGCCUGAUGCCAAGUACGCUCCCAUUGGCUCGCUGUAUGGUACACUAGUCACCCCGGUGCAAGGUUUGAAAGUGAUGUCGUAUGGUAUUCUGUUCGACUUCAAACUUGCCGCUCCAGGAAUUCUCGUUCAGUCGCCGCAAGAAAUGGUGCAGGAGGCAUGGUUCGAUCAAUCUCUUGAUCGGGCUGAAAAGUGGGGUGUGGACGUGUUCGUAGUAUUAGGACACAUGCCUGUUUCUGGUGAUGCUGGAUGGGAAGCUGUCCAUUCCAAGAUCCGGUCUAGGUUUCCAGAUACACCGAUCGCCAUUUUGGGCGGACAUACACAUAUUAGAGAUUGUAGAAUGUUCGAUAGUCAAUCCAUGGCUCUAGAGAGCGGGCGAUACAUGGAAACUAUCGGUUUCAUGGGUAUUCAGAACCUUCAAAAACGAAAACGAGCCGGGAACAAAGGCAAAGUCAGAUUCACGAGACGCUACAUCGAUAGCAACCCAAGAAACUUUGCUCAUCAUCUAAAACUUAACUCCACUCGAGAACUCGCGACGAAGAAGGGAAGCUUUAUUAGGUUUGUAAUGGAUGCGAUUAGCGAGGCGUGGAACUUGUCCAGGUUGCACGGGGUAGUUCCGCAGGAUUACUACUUGGAUCGGGUUCCUUAUGGGGAUAAAUCGAGUUUGCUCAGUUUGUUGGCCGAUCAAGUGCUGCCGAAAGUGGUAAGACCAUCCGAGAAAAGUAGGAGGGAUAAGAAAAGCUUGGUGUUGAUCAAUAGCGGGUCGCAAAGGUUCGAUGUGUAUUCCGGACCGUUUACGAGGAACGACCAGUACAUUGUUUCGCCGUUUAAAGACCAAUUUUUGUACAUGGCGGAUGUUCCAUGGGGUAUAGCCAAACACCUACUUCAAGGCUUGCUGACGUUCAAAAAGGGUGCGGUUGUCGAAGUUAUGCAAGGGGGAACCACGCAGUAUAGUAACAGUGAUGCGUUGUUGAGGUAUGGAAGUGGAUUUAUCGAAGACAUCUUCUUGCGAUGGCAGAAGAGUCAAUGGUUCAAGUUCCUCCAAGCGGAACAGAAAGCUCUAAAUGCAACCUAUACGAACAGCACAGCAAAAAGUAUGGAGGAACUAGAAGCAGAGGAAGACGAAGCACUGCUCAAGUUCUUCCACAAAUACGAUUCGCUCGAUAAACCUUCGCUUGGAUAUCGCACCAUCGAUCAAUGCGCGGGAAGUGGAGACGAUACGGUUCAUUCGCCAGUACCGUUUAACCCGAAUCAGCCGGAAUAUGUAGCUUCGAGUCCGGAACCAGUGCCGGAAAAGGAUGGGGAAGUGGUGGAUGUUGUGUUUGUUGACUUUAUGCGCAAGGUUGUGGUUGAGCUGCUUAAUAAGUAUGAUGGCGUGUAUAGGAAUGGAACAGGGGAAGAAGGGGAGGUAGAGAGGUAUAAAGUGGAACAGUUGAAGAGGUGGGGAGAUAUAACUACGCAAUUGCUGUAUCCCAGGUUUGCGGAAUUAGAGUGGCAACCGGUGGAAGGAGCGAACAAGGCGGUUGCUGCGCAGGGUAGGAGGGCUGGUAAGAUGGGAUAUGCUCCUCUUGAAGAUCCUAUCCUAUUCAUCGACAAGGUGAAGGAGCAGCAGCAGCAGAUGCAUGCAACCUGGUCACCAUACUCAACAGCAUCAUUCAUAAUCCCCCAUGUCAGCUCCUCGGCUUCGUCAAGAACGGUUUGCUUUCCUCCAACUCAAGAAACUGCCGCUCAAACAUCGUCUUAG